AUGGGGAUGGACAAGCGUACUAUCAAAAUAAUAGUGGCAGUGGUAUCCGUUGUUCUUGUCCUUGGUAUUAUCCUGGGAGUGCUGCUUGCAAUUUUCCUACCGUAUCGAUAUGUGGAACUGGAAGUAUGGCCACGGUCAGAAGAGUACAAUCAUUACGAGCCUCUGAUACACUUUCGGGCUGGUGACCCAGGCAGUUGGCAUGUCUGGUUCAAACGGAUUAACGACUUCCUACGUGACUACGAGACAACAGUCCCUGAGGAUCCUCCCCGAGCACCAUGCUCCAUACACCGUCACGACCAGCGUUUGCCGGUACCAAGUUGUGAGCGAGCACUUAACAUGUGGGCGCCUUGCAAUGCUGACAACUUCUAUGGAUACGCAGCUGGAAAACCUUGUGUCUUCUUAAGACUUAAUCACAUUCAUUACUGGGUACCGGAACCGUACAACGUGUCGAAACCAAUGGAGAUUCCUCCAGAAAUGCCAAACAACAUUAAACAAUUCAUGCAACAACGCCCAGCUCACCACUACGGCGAUUACGUUUGGGUCUCCUGCAAUGGCGAGUUCCAAUCUGAUGAGGAGAAUGUAGGUCCUAUACAGUACAUUCCAGCAAAUCUGCCACCAGGUUUUCCAACAAACAGGCUGACUACUGCUGAUAGGAUCCCGUAUUCGGCCCGGAACCUCCCCGAUCAGAUACAUGGACCUCUCGUUGCUGUUUUCUUUGAGAAUCCCAGACGUGGAGUAGUAAUCAACAUUGAAUGUCGAAUUUGGACACGCGACAUCAUCUACCGCAGCUCCAGUCGAGUAGGCCACGCCCGCUUUGAACUGUACAUUCAAUAA